GCGGUAGAUUUGAAGGUUUUCUAAGCGCCAAAUGAGCCUUGUUUAACAUUAUCUUUUGAUAAGGAUCGGAAGGUCUUACGUCAAAAUAAUUCAUGAAGAUAUAAAUCCAAUUCACCCAUUAUGAGCUCUGGAAGAGCGAGAGGUAACUUCUGGAGAGGAAGAGGACAGAGAUUUCGUGGAGGAAAGAGUUCCCGAGGAACCAACCAGGCAGGAAGAGGACAGAAGGACCCAGGCCAGGGCAGUUCAAGACCUCAAGCGCAACAUCAAAGAGCACGGCAAGUGCAGACAAGCUUAAUGCCCUGUCCCUUCAAGAAAUGGAACUUAUACUUCCCUGACAUCGUUUAUAACCCUGACUCAUCUCUUGCAACUAAAAUUGAAGCCAUGAUGAAGUUUGUGGAAUCACAUGCAGCACAACUUUCUAAGGAUGACAUAGAAAGCAAAGCAGCUGUGGUGUUUGACUAUAUGGAUCUAAUAUCUGAUACAGAUCUUGCUGAGAAUCUUCCAUCUUUGGCUGGAGACCUGCGAGAUCAGCCUACAGAAGUUCUUAACAGUAUAAGCUUGGCAGUUACUCAGGUUCUGUUGACUGCAGAGAUGGCUGAGAGCCCACAAGGUGCACCAUUGUUUGAUUUGCCAUACAUACAAACAAGAAUAACAAACUUCGAGCCUGCCACUCCACUCAAGAACCUCAAGUCAAACUAUUGUGGUAAAUUUGUGGCAAUCCAUGGUACGGUAAUAAGAGUAAGCAAUGUGAAACCCCUGGUGAAAAAGAUGGCAUUUUCAUGUAAUCUGUGCAGCCAGAUGCAGUUCAAGAAAUCAUGGAUGAUGACCAACGUGAAUCUGGAAGAAUUCCAAGAACUGUUGAGUGUGAGCUGACAGCAGAUCUAGUGGACAGCUGUGUUCCAGGUGACAUGGUCACUGUCACCGGGAUCGCAAAGGUUACCGGGACAGAAGAACAUCGGAACAAGAGUAAUAAAGACAAGUGUAUGUUCCUGCUUUACCUCCAUGCCAAUGCUGUGAAUAAUAACAAGGGUGGAACUGGGUCUGCUGAGCAAAGCAGUGGACUGGCCAUGGAAUUUUCUAUUAAGGAACUGUAUGCCAUUCAAGAAAUUCAGGCUCAGAAGAACUUGUUCCGAUUGAUCGUUGGCUCUUUGUGCCCUUCAAUCUAUGGACAUGAGAUGGUGAAAGCAGGUUUAGUGUUAGGUCUGUUAGGUGGAACCCAAAGAUACUUGAAUGAUAAGAAUCGAAUUCCAGUGAGAGGCAAUCCACACAUUUUGGUUGUUGGGGACCCAGGAUUGGGGAAAAGCCAGAUGCUUCAAGCAGUGUCCAAUGUCGCUCCAAGAGGCGUCUAUGUUUGCGGAAAUGCAACAUCGACUUCUGGACUCACGGUAACAAAUGUUAAGUGCUUUGCCUGGUCCAUGAUUUUUUCACACACGCUCACCUGAUAGUACUGGAUUGUGGACAAUCUUUGUGUUUGUUGUAAAAAGGUUCAUA